GCUUGACAACAAAGCGGCUGCUGCCUGUAACGGUAACAGUCUCUGUUUGAGUUUUGUUUCCUCGAGUAAGUUCAGAACCAAAGGAAGGUUUAAGUAAAGUAAAGUUUGAGUAAAGUGUUGGAAAAGUCUCCGGUCAAAGUGUCCAGAUGUCAGCAUGGCUUCGAAGACAGACCAACUUCUCAUCGUUGUGUCCAUCCUGGAAGGUCGUCACUUCCCUAAGAGUCCUCGGCUCAGUCUGGUGGUUCAGGCGAGCUUUGAUGGAGAGCAGCUCGCCACGGACCCAGUAGAGCACAGAGAGCAGCCGCAGUUCAGCACCGAGCUGGCCUGGGAGCUGGACCGCAGGACGCUGCACCAACACAGACUGCAGAGAACCCCCAUCAAGCUUCAGUGUUUUGCUGUCGACUCUGUUAGCAAGAGGAAAGAGAGUGUGGGCUACAUCGUCCUCGACCUCCGAUCAGUACAGGAGGUCAAACAGGAGCCUCGCUGGUAUCCACUGCUGAGCAGUAAAUACACCAAACAGAGACCGGCCCUCCUCCUCGGCGUGGUGCUGGAGAACGACACCAAGCCCUCCGAGCCCUCUCCUGAUAGGUUCAAAGCCAGGAAGGCCCCGCCCCGACAAGGUUCUCCAGCAGCGGCCGAGCUGCUCCCUGACCGGCUGGAGGCCACGCUGAUCCCAGACCAGGGUUACCACCAGGUCGGACCUGCAGACCACUGCACUGACAUGUUUGUCCUGUCCGUCACUGUGGCCUUCGCUUCUAAACUAGAACAGCUGAUUCCCAGCACCAUGAAGCUGUCAGCAGAGGGGUCAGAGUUCUUCUUCUACUACUCUUUACUGGGGAACGACAUCACCAGUGAGCCCUUCCACAACCUGCUGAAUCCUGACUUCGAGCCGGAGCGCGCCUCUGUGCGCAUCCACAGCAGCAAACAGAUCCUCCAGGCCUUCCUGUCUCAGCAGCCCAGUUUACAGAUCCACCUGUGCUGUGGGAAUCACUCGCUGGGCAGCACAGACGUUUCCCUCUCAGCUCUGUCUGCUGUUUCUGUUGAUCUGGAGAACAAGGCGGCGACAGUGGAGGGAGCGUUCAUUCUCCAACCUCCAAAACGCAUCAGGCAGACGCUGCCAGCUCUGCCGGCUGACCUGCAGCCGACUGUAGGAGUGGCUGUUACUCUGAGAAGAGAGGAGGUCACACCACUGUCUUUAGGGAAUAAAGAAGAAGGUGGAGUUCGGACACACAUCGUCCCUCGUCCUUCUUUGCCUCCCUCAGCUCCUCCUGCUGAGCAGAGACCUCGAAGCUCCUCUCCGGUCCGAAAACCCCGUGACUCUUCUCCUCCAGGUCCUCCUCUUCUUCCUCCUUCCUCUCAUACAGAGAGUGAAGCAGAGAGUCUGCUGGAAGAGCUUCAACAUGGCAAAGAUCAGACCGGACUGGCAGAUUUGGAGGUUCCUGUGCAGCUGCAGAGUCAGACUGAAGCUACAGCAGAGGGUGGAGCAUCAUCUGUCAGUGUUUCUGCUCCCAAAGUGUCCAUCCCCUCCUCUGCCCAUCACUACAGCUUCUCCCUGGACCUCAGAAGUCUGGGAAACCUCAGCCUGACACAUCCCAUUCGUGCUACACUUAGGUAUUCGUAUCAGUUCUUCGGCAGCGCAGCUCCGAUCAUGACUAACCCUCCUGUGGAGCUGCAGAGGAACAUGGAGGUGUCUCUGCCUCAGUCCUACUGCGCCUUCAACUUCGCUGCCUUGCCACAGCAGCUGCAGGACACCUUCCUCAGAGUUCCUCUGGUGGUGGAGGUUUGGAGCAGAGACUCCACCCGCAGAGACCAGCUGAUGGGACGAGCCUCCAUCCAGCUGUCUCAUCUGCUGAGCUCUGAGAGGAGCAGAAUCCCGGCCUCAGCAGGAGAGCAGAGCUGGAGACAGACUCACCAGGACCGGAUCCCUGUGGUCAAAACACAGCGUCCCACUGAGAAGGUCGCAGAGUUGAGCUACGUGGCGACACUGGAGGACCUGGGAUUGGUGAAAGCCAGAGAGGUCAUCGUGUCCGACUCUUCACAGAAUGAACGUGUAGCCCAGACACAACCGUCCUCCCACCCCGUAGCACCCAGACCUGCUGCUCCCAGUCUGCCCACAGCCCCGCUGGGCCCCACCACUCCCAUACCCCCCACAAACCCCAGAGACACCCUGGAGUACCGCAUGGCCCUGGAGCUGGAGCUGUGGAAGGAGGAGCAGGAGGAUCUGUUCGACGAUCAGUUGAGGAAGAAGGAGCUGAGCCACAUGCAGGCGCUGGCAGAGGAGUGGAGGAGGAGGGACAGAGAGAGAGAAGCUCUGGUCAAGAAGAAGGAGGUGGAGUAUAAUCUGCUGGAGGAGCAGCUUCAGAAGACUCUGUCUGAUUUCGAGAAGAGAGAGAAACAGCUGGCAGAGGCCGAGUUAGAGACUCAGAGGCUGCAGAGGGAGCUGCGAGCUGAACAUGAUCUGGCCCAGAGGGAGCUGCAGGAGAGCAGCAGGAGGCUGCAGCAGGAGUGUGACCACCGGGUGGCGCUGGAGAGGGACAAAGUGCGACUGAUGGAGGAGGAGAGAGCCGGGCUGCUGCAGCAGGUUUCAGCCGGCGAGUCUCGUUAUAAACAGCUGGAGAAAGAGUUUCAACUCUACAGAGAACAACAGAAUAUCAGGCCUGAGUUCAGACUGCAGUCAGAGAUCAACCUACUGACUCUAGAGAAGGUGGAACUGGAGAGGAAGCUGGAGACCACCACCAAGUCCAAGCUUCACUACAAGCAGCAGUGGGGGCGCGCCUUAAAAGAACUGGCCAGGUUCAAACAGCGCGAGCAGGAAAUGGCUAUGACCCGUCUGAAGAAGCAGCAGGCGGAGCUGGAGGCAAUGAGGCUGCGUUACCUAGCAACGGAGGAGAAGGCGGCGGUCCGACAAGACAGGCAGGAGCUGGACGACAUCAGGAACGAACUCAACAGGUUAAAGCAGCAUGAGGACAGAUUAGGCCCCGCCUCCUCCCCGCCUGGCCCCGCCCCCGGGCCAGGUCUCAGUGAGAGUGCUGACGAACACCUGAGCCGACUGUUAGAGGAGAGAGACACUCUGCUGAGGACCGGAGUGUACACCCACGAAGACCGAAUCAUCGCCGAGCUCAACAGACAGAUCCAGGACGCCAUGAGGGACAGGGGGAACCUGUGACAGCAGCUGGAGCCAUCCAAUCAGAGACUCACACCUGAGACCGCAGGUAAACCAGCUGUCAGGGUCAGCAGAGCUCCGAGGCUGUUUACACCUGGUUGAUUCAGGUUAGACUCAGGCUGCGUGUCUGACGUCCAGUUUAUGUUUAUUUCAGAUUGAGCGAAAUUCAAUCUCUAAAACUAAAUAACUUCCUGUCAGAUUUUACACGUCACUGUGGUUCACACAGACCAGGUAACACCAGGUAAAUGCCUUAGAUCCAAAAUAAAAAACAUUCAGCUUGAAAAACUUGAAAAACUCCAGGAGGCCUGACAUUCCUGUGUGAGUGUGGACGAGGCCUCAGACAGCGAAUUUAUUUGUCCAAAGGUUUAUAAAACACACAGAACGGUGCAGGUUCACAUAUUUGCUGGAAAUGACAGAACUCUUAUCAUGAUGCAAACAUACAGAAGCACAGUGCAUUUACCAAAGAGAGUAAUAAAACUAAUUAUACGAACGUCUGUCACAAUGAUAAGAAAAUGUAAAGAUGGUUUUCAGCUGUCGGACGUGAAACGACCUGAUUUAAUCAGCUGUUUACAUCCUCCUCUGCCGGGAAGAUAUUUAUGUCAGUUACUAAAAAAAUAAAAAUAAAACUGAUUCUUUCUGGUUCAGAAACUGUUGGAAAGAUUCAGGCUGGAUCUCAUAAUUAUGGGAUGUUUACUCGUAACUGUGGGAAAUGCAGUGUGUUUCUGUAGAAACGCAGCGUGAUGUGAUGUACGAGAUACAACACGUUUCAUCCAUUCCUCAGACAUGAGACUGAUUGAUUGAUUGAUUGAUUGAUUGAUAUUGAUCUGAUCACAUAAGGGUUCUUCACAAAACACUGAUUCCUUUAACAUGUACAGAGCUCUGAAAGUGACAAAACAUCAUUAAAGGUUAUCAGACAAGUCAAACCUAUAACUUUAUAUCAACAAAAUAAAUAAAGUAAAAUUAAUCAAUAAAUAAUGUUAAUAAAUAAAAAUGUAGAGUAUAAAGAAACAUUAAACUUUAUACUUUUUCCUUUAACUCGUUUAAUUUAAUUUCAGUAUUUUUCUUUGCACAUAUUAAUCAUUAAUGUGUGAUGAGAUGAACACGGUUGUUUUUCAUUUUUCUUCUCUACACUUUAUUUUAUUUCCUUAUUCAGCUGCUUUUUUUUUACUGAUGUGUUCAGCUGAUAACAUUUACUACGUUCUGUCAGUUUCACUGCUCCAUCAGCAGAUAGGUGAGUCCGACUGAGUCCGACUGAGUCCGGCUGAGUCCGACUGAGUCUGACUGAGUCCGACUGAGUCCGACUGAGUCCGGCUGAGUCCCAGUGGGACAGAGUCUCAGCUCUUUGUUUGUUUAUAUAUUUAUGUUUGUGCGCUGAAGGAGGUUUUCACGUGUGAUUUCAAGUGUUUUAUAUUAGUGUUGUGUGUUUGUAUGUGUGUUUUCUGAGUGCAGCGUUCAUUCUGUUAGUACCUGAGCUAAAAUUAUUAAUCAGUUAGUCGACUGACAGAAAAUAGCUGAUUAAUCUUUUGGGUUUUUCUGGAGUAAAAAAGCUCAAAUCUUUUGGUUUUAGUUUCUGUGAUUAUUUACCAGUUUCUUUAAUGUUUGGACAAAACAAGAGAGGUGAACAUUUGAUGGACCAAACGAUGAACAGAGAAAAUAACGGACAGAUGAAUGUAUUAAAUAAUCAUUAGUUCUGAGUUGAUGUGACCUUCUGUGAGUGUUGAAUCUUCAUACAACCCUCACAGACGCUCGGACAGUCACAGGCUUCACUUCUCUUCUUCUGUCUUAACUAAGAAGUGCAACUAAAAAUCCUGUUCAUUACCAGUUAAUCUGCUGAUUAUUUGAAUUAUCUGAAUUCAUUCAUUGUUUUUCCAGAAAAUAUGAGAAAAUUGUGAAAAACUGCACAAACUUCACUCAGUGGAACGACAAGAAAAUCAGCUGGAAACAUCAGAUUUUGGCUUUUUGAUUAUCAGAACAGUUUCCAAUGAAUCGAUCCAUCGUUUCCUCUCUAAUCUGAACGACAGCCCAAAAUCUUUUUGCUGAUUAAGAAAACCAGCAAAUUCACAUGUGAGCAGCUGGAACCAGUGAAUUUUAUAAUGAUUUAAAUGGUUUCUGAUUAAUAAUCUGUUGCUCUACGAGUUCACUGAAUGUUUCAGCUUUAAUAAAGUCUCUAAAAACUUAAAGUGCUUUCAGUUCUGUACAAACUGAUCUUCACAGAAACCGGCUGAAACGGGUUGACGGACGGAAAUCGAGCUGCAAACAGAUUCUUUUAUUUGGACUAAAACCUGCGGUCUGCUCCUUUAAUUGGAGCGCCAUGGACCCUGAGGCCGCGGAGGCUGGAGCUGGAGCUGGUUCCGCUGUUUGACCUGAGCUGGUCGGUGACACUGAUGAGCAGCUGUAAUCGGACAGCAGGUGGCGCUGCAGCCUCAGAAAAACCAUGAGACACGAGCCGGAUCCGUGUGAGGCCCGGUGAGUGUUUGUGGUUUUUCCUGAUGAUGAUCACAGAAAUGUUUACACCGGUAAACAAAUAAAGGGCAUUUCAGUUUGUAGUUCUUUGUUUUUAACUUUUCUUCACACAUUUUGUAAAUACUGAUAACUUUUAAUUUAUUGUAUUAACACGUGGAUGUAGAACACUGAUGUAACAGCUCGGAGAAGGAGCCCUGUACUUUGAUCAGUUAUCAUUUUGUUUUUUGUUGUUGCUCAUUUUAUUUAUUUAAA